AUGGCGAGCCAACGGGGAUCACCGUCCAGAGACAAUCCCGCGGCGUUCAGGCGAGACACGUUAUCUCCUUGCCUCCUUCGCGUCAGGCGCGACAUCGCCGAAAUCACGGCCGACCCGCCACCGGGGGUGUUCGUCGCGCCGAACGAGAGUGACAUCACCCGAAUCGACGCCAUCGUCGUGGGUCCCGCUGACACGCCCUACGAGGGCGGUUUCUUCCGCUUCCGCAUCACGUGUCCGCCCGGUUAUCCCAUGGAGCCCCCCGAGGUCAUCUUCCUGACCACGGACGCCGGACGCGUCCAGCUGCACGAGCACCUUCACAGCGACGGCCAUGUCUGCCUCAGCAUCAUCGGCACCUGGGAGGGACCGCAGUGGAGUCCCGCGCUGUCCCUGGGUAGCCUACUCGUGUCCAUCCAAUCGAUGCUCUCGGAAAAGCCUGAGUUCAACCAGCAGCUCUGGUGGCGCGAGAGCGGCGCCAUACUCCGGCAUGAUGCCGUCAGAGUGGCGGUGUGCGACGUGGUUGAAGAGUGCCUUCAAGGCGACUGGACCUACCCGCCAGCCCUGAGGGACGGGGUGCUGCAGACGUUCGCCGGGUCCUGCGCCAAGCUCGAAGGCAGGCUGAGCGCCGGGCAACACCUGUGCGGUACCCGGUACAGGCCUGCUAGAAGUUGUGACGGAUGCAAGAACCUUCUGCAGCGGAUCCAAGGCCUCAGAGUUAAGGUGAAAGAGGUGAUGGAUCGAGCCGCUGUUUCAUCAGCAAGUGCUCAGCAGUAG